AUGGGUGUUGAUCUGGUGAGGAAAGCUCAAGAGAAUGUAAGAAGCAUUCAAACUAAGUUAUUGGAAGCUCAGAGCAUACAGAAGGAGUAUACAGACCGUAAGGUAAGAGAUAUGGCAUUCCAAGAUAGUGAACAGGUUUUGUUGAAAGUGUCUCCAAUGAAGAAAGUAAUGAGGUUUGGUAAGAAGGUUAACCUUAACCUUUGUUACGUUAGUCUAUUCAAGAUUCUUGAUAGUGUGGGUUCAGUGGCUUAUAGGUUAGCACUGCCACCCAAUUUGUUUGGAGUCCAUUCAGUCUUACAUAUAUCAAUGCUGAAGAACUACCAUGGGGAUGGAGACUAUAUUAUCAAGUGGGACUCAAUAGUACUAGAAAAGGAUUUAUAG